AUGGAUUGGGAUCUACGUUCUAAAAGCAGAUCAACGGGUUCCAAAGCUCCUUCGGCAUAUCUUCACAUUGAGGCACAAUCGGUGAACCUAUAUAUUGCCAGGUAUUUCGAACAAGUUCAUCCAAUAUAUCCCUUUCUUCAGCGGCACGAGUUCGAGCGGAAGGCUCUCGACAACCGAUGUUCUCAAUUCUGCAAAGAAUGUGCUCCUUUUUCAGCCUUAUACCACACGGUGCUAGCUCUUGGCUGCCAACGUCUAGGUGGUGAGACUUUCCGGCUAGGCUGUUCCCCAUCUUGGAAGCUAUUCCAAGUCGCAUUGGGGCUCUUUGCUGAGAUGAUAACCACAAAAGAGACUUUGACGCAUGUUCAGGCUAUGAUCGCCAUGGCUGUAUUUGCUCGCAACUCGUCUGCUAUUCAGAUCGAGAGGCUAUUGACCACAGAAGCCGCCAGGAUUGCGCAGUCGAUCGGCAUUAACCGGGCUAUGUAUGCGGAUGAAGAAAUGGAGCUAUGCCAAAGGGCUUUCUGGAUGAUUUAUAUAUUAGAAAAGACGCAGACUUUUGCUUGUGGCAGGGACUCGAUCUUGAUCGACAGCAAUAUCGGCACCCCAGUUCCCCGAAUCCCAGACGCAUUGUUUGGCGGUUUUAACUACUUCCAUACAUUGUGUCGCUUCAGCCGAGUGCUGUCCAAAGCAAAAGAUACGCUUUUCUCGAUAAGCGCAACCUUAGUUCCUUCCAGCAAGAUAUUAACCAACAUUGAUGCUCUUACUGGCGAGCUUGAGUGCUGGAAGAAGUCCAUCUGCGAGGACUUUCAGCCUGGGAACGAUUUCCAACAAUCUGGCAGGCUAGACAGCCUAUCGAUUGCACUGAAACUUAUGUUGAGUUAUCAAUACCACGGUGCUACGAUUGCUCUAGCUCGACUCAAAGUCAAUGUGGCGAGUUCAGAGGCAGAUCCAAGCAAACUUCAGGCUGAACAAGUACUUUUACGUGCCUCCCGCUCCAUCAUUGAGCUUACCAGAUACAUCGAUGUUGAAACAUACACGCCAAUAUGGACUCUGCUUUCGGUCCCAUUGUCGGCUAUUUUUAUACUUUUUGACUUUGUGAUACGCAAUCCGUGUCACUCAGAGACCAAAAGCAACAUUGCCCUCUUAGGCAUUGCGGCCGGAUAUUUUUGUCGCCUAGAAUUUUCUUCGGGUGGGAUAUUGCAAACGUCACUUCUGUCUGAUCUUGCCCAGAUUGCUCGGGAUUACAUCUCAGACAUGAAAACUAGCGCUACAGCAGAGCCUAUGGAAUUUUUAGGUACUCCAUAUUCCUAUCACCACUCACAGCCAGAGGAAGAAGAACUAGAGAUACGGCCAGCGCUGCCAGCUUCUGUAAGUCAAAAUCCAAUCGUAUUAGAGUUAACAACAAAUUUCUGA